AUGACUACCGACCGCGGUCCGCAGUUCGAAUCCUCGACCUUCAACGAUCUUCUCAAAUUCCUCGGAUGUCAACGCAUCCGGACUACCGCCUAUCACCCGCAAUCCAACGGCAUGGUGGAACGUUUCCACCGAAAGCUGAAGGCCUCACUUAGUGCCGCAAAUGCAAUAAGCUGGACCGAAGCACUGCUUAUUAUACUACUUGGUAUUCGAUCAUCUCUUAAAGCUGAUUCGCACACGUCCAGCGCCAAACUGGUAUAUGGACAGCCGCUUCGACUACCUGGGGGCUUCUUUUCUGGAAACCCCAGAACACCCCGCUACGACGCGAAUUACGCUCGGCAGUUAGCCACGAGCAGGCGCCAUAUCAAAGUAACCGACGUGCGAGAACAACGACGUAAAUCGUUCGUUCCACAAGGUCUACUGCAUUGCGCUUACGUUUUCCUUCGAGUCGAUGGUCUACGCAGACCACUCGAACGACCCCAGGAAGGUCCAUUUAAGGUUCUUAAACGUAAGGACCGCGUAUUCGUUAUCGACCGCCACGGUAAACGUGAAACUGUCUCUAUCGACCGUCUCAAGGUUGCCCAUGUGGAACCUGAGAUCGACGAUGACUGCCGUCAACCUCCGGACGAGUCAACACAGCCUAUGAUCGACGACGCGCCUACUUCCGAUGCUACGAAGCAUUCUCCGAAAAACCCUUCCGACGCAGUUCCUUCCGAUUCUAUCGAGCCAAAAGCUUCCUCAUCCACAAAACUGCUGGAUCGACAACGCCUCCGACCGAACGUCCGAAAACGACUAGGUCAGGUAGGCGGGUUCAUUGGCCAGCGCGAUUAA